AACCUUGACUCGUGGUGGUGGCUAGUUUGGAAGAGCGUAGAAGUAGUGAUGGUUCUCUAACACUCGAGACUCCGACGCAUGCGCGGUAACUCAGACAGGUGUAUAGAACCACUGUGCCGAGGUGUGGUUUGGCCACUGACGUUUGAAGCGCUUGAGUGACGAAUCACCUGAUUGGUUCGCUUUGUCAUGUGAAUCACUUGGCGGGAUCGAGUGUGUUCAGAGAUAGGACAGCUCCACAUAGGGGCGGUCAUUUGAAUUUUUCUUUGCAGAGUAGGUCUGUUUGUUGCGUUUGACAUGACUCCAUUUGAUUUCAAACAAACCCUCACUUCUCACUCCUGGCCUGCAGGGGGCCCUGCAGGAACAGUGCCGUGACGGAGACAUCGUCACUUCCUGGCGGGGUUUGCAUCUGAAGUCAACCGAUGUAAACAAAACCGCCGUCCAAGUGACAGUAAAUAAAGCUUCAUAUGUGUGACAGCCGCUCAAAGCUUUUACCAAAUUAUAGCCAAACUUUCGAUUAGCCGAUGUAGUUAGCGGCUAACAUACAGCUUCCUUUAUUUAACUUCGAUUUACCGGCAACUUUAAGAUAAACAAGUCCCCUCCAGGCACCUUCACUGGUCUCUGAUGGACCCGACUGACAGCGUGGGGAACCUCAACCACACAAUGGAGGCUGUGGCUCUGAAUGAUGGGGCUGCUCCUGACUGCUCCACUGGACAGAAGGAUACCUCCCCUACGGACAUGCUGAGAAUAAAACAGCAGAUGUCCAACCAGUGCUUUGAGAUGGCAGUACAGCUCAAUGCAGGAAAAAGUAAGAGAUCAUGCAGCACAUCUGAAGCUGAGAGAGACUUACCAGACUAUGUCAGUGAGCUGGAAAAGAUCAAGAUGAAUCAUUUCAACAGCACAAUGACACUGCACAGAAUGCAGAUGUGGCAUGCUGUUGGAGAAAAGCUCAAGCAGAAUGAUUUAGAGGCUGAUGAACUUAAAGCUGUGAGCCAUCGCGGCAUGGGUCUUUGUUCACAAAUAAUACAACUUCAGAAAGAGUCAAGAAAUCUUCAAGACGAAAUUACAGAAAUACAGAAGAAGAGACUUGAGAUGAAGCGGCUCACACAUGAAAAAAUGAAAGAGAUUGAAGAGUUGAUGUCUAAGAAAGAGCACCCAGAUACAGAAAAGUACAAAGCGGCAUUGGAGAAAGGCCGGGUGAACCUGGAGAAAUAUAAAAAAAUGGCCAUCAUGACACAGAACGUCCUCAGGGGCAUCCUUUUGGCCUGUAAAGUCAACUGGCUGGAUGAUCCCAAACUUCGAGACAUUACCAUGACGCUGGAGGAGUUUCCUACUUCUGACUAGAGAAGAAAUUUAUGUACUCAUAUUUAUAUGUUUUUGUGUUGUAAUGCCGAAUAAAUAAAUAAAACGGUAAAAAC